GCUGUUACUGCUGCUCCUGCCCGGGCUGCAGCCGCGCCUGCGGGCAGCCGAGGCGAGGCGCUCGGGUAGCGUGGGGAGGUUUCCUAGCAACUCUCUGCCCUGAGUGCACCCGGCUACCCGCAGGUCUGGAGCCCCCCGGGGGGCCAGAGCAGGACCACCCCUCUCCCGCCCAUCGCCGGCCUCGCCUCUCUCGCAUCCUAGCCGUGUGCACCCCAGAGCGCGCCAGCAACUCGGGCUCUGGACUGCGGGACGCCUGAGCCGCGCACUGGGGCGAAAAGGACAAGGGCACGCAGCCCCCGCCCCGCGAAGCCGGGCUCCGGCACCUCGCGGAACCUCUCCUCCUGCGCUCCCAGGCGCAGGCCCCACUCCCCGCCAGGGAGGGAGCGGCGAUGCCUCGCUCUGUGCCUGCGGGUGUCGGCGGGUGCUUCUAGGGCGCUCCCACAGCCGCCUCCCCCUGUUGCUGGCAUCCCGAGCUUCCUCCCUUGCCAGCCAGGACGCUGCCGACUUGUCUUUGCCCGCUGCUCCGCAGACGGGGCUGCAAAGCUGCAACUAAUGGAGUUGGCCUCCCUGCCCACCUGUGGAAGAAACUGCGCUGAUUGAUGCGCCAUAGACUUUUUUCCCCUCGACCUCGCCGGCGUCCCCUCCCACAGAUCCAGCAUCACCCAGUGAAUGUACAUUAGGGUGGUUUUCCCCCCAGCUUCGGGCUUUGUUUGGGUUUGAUUGUGUUUGGCUCUUCGCUAAGCUGAUUUAUGCAGCAGAAGCCCCACCGGCUGGAGAGAAACAAAAGCUCUUUUCUUUGUCCCGGAGCAGGCUGCGGAGCCCUUGCAGAGCCCUCUCUCCAGUCGCCGCCCGGGCCCUUGGCCGUCGAAGGAGGUGCUUCUCGCGGAGACCGCGGGACCCGCCGUGCCGAGCCGGGAGGGCCGCAGGGGCCCUGAGAUGCCGAGCGGUGCCCGGGCCCGCUUACCUGCACCGCUUGCUCCGAGCCGCGGGGUCCGCCUGCUAGGCCUGCGGAAAACGUCCUAGCGACACUCGGCCCGCGGGCCCCGAGGUGCGCCCGGGAGGCGCGAGCCCGCGUCCGGAAGGCAGCCAGGCGGCGGGCGCGGGGCGGGCUGUUUUGCAUUAUGUGCGGCUCGGCCCUGGCUUUUUUUACCGCUGCAUUUGUCUGCCUGCAAAACGACCGGCGAGGUCCCGCCUCGUUCCUCUGGGCAGCCUGGGUGUUUUCACUUGUUCUUGGACUGGGCCAAGGUGAAGACAAUAGAUGUGCAUCUUCAAAUGCAGCAUCCUGUGCCAGGUGCCUUGCGCUGGGUCCAGAAUGUGGAUGGUGUGUUCAAGAGGAUUUCAUUUCAGGUGGAUCAAGAAGUGAACGUUGUGAUAUUGUUUCCAAUUUAAUAAGCAAAGGCUGCUCAGUUGAUUCAAUAGAAUACCCAUCUGUGCAUGUUAUAAUACCCACUGAAAAUGAAAUCAAUACCCAGGUGACACCAGGAGAAGUGUCUAUCCAGCUGCGUCCAGGAGCCGAAGCUAAUUUUAUGCUGAAAGUUCAUCCUCUGAAGAAAUAUCCUGUGGAUCUUUAUUAUCUUGUUGAUGUCUCAGCAUCAAUGCACAAUAAUAUAGAAAAAUUAAAUUCCGUUGGAAACGAUUUAUCUAGAAAAAUGGCAUUUUUCUCCCAUGACUUUCGUCUUGGAUUUGGCUCAUAUGUUGAUAAAACAGUUUCACCAUACAUUAGCAUCCACCCCGAAAGGAUUCAUAAUCAAUGCAGUGACUACAAUUUAGACUGCAUGCCUCCCCAUGGAUACAUCCAUGUGCUGUCUUUGACAGAGAACAUCACUGAGUUUGAGAAAGCAGUUCACAGACAGAAGAUCUCUGGAAACAUAGAUACACCAGAAGGAGGUUUUGACGCCAUGCUUCAGGCAGCUGUCUGUGAAAGUCAUAUCGGAUGGCGAAAAGAGGCUAAAAGAUUGCUGCUGGUGAUGACAGAUCAGACAUCUCAUCUCGCUCUUGAUAGCAAAUUGGCAGGCAUAGUGGUGCCCAAUGACGGAAACUGCCAUCUGAAAAACAACGUCUACGUCAAAUCGACAACCAUGGAACAUCCCUCACUAGGCCAACUUUCAGAGAAAUUAAUAGACAACAACAUUAAUGUCAUCUUUGCAGUUCAAGGAAAACAAUUUCAUUGGUAUAAGGAUCUUCUACCCCUCUUGCCGGGCACCAUUGCUGGUGAAAUAGAAUCAAAGGCUGCAAACCUCAAUAAUUUGGUAGUGGAAGCCUAUCAGAAGCUCAUUUCAGAAGUGAAAGUUCAGGUGGAAAACCAGGUACAAGGCGUCUAUUUUAACAUUACCGCCAUCUGUCCAGAUGGGUCCAGAAAGCCAGGCAUGGAAGGAUGCAGAAACGUGACGAGCAAUGAUGAAGUUCUUUUCAAUGUAACAGUUACAAUGAAAAAAUGUGAUGUCACAGGAGGAAAAAACUAUGCAAUAAUCAAACCUAUUGGUUUUAAUGAAACCGCUAAAAUUCAUAUACACAGAAACUGCAGCUGUCAGUGUGAGGACAACAGAGGACCUAAAGGAAAGUGUGUAGAUGAAACUUUUCUAGAUUCCAAGUGUUUCCAGUGUGAUGAGAAUAAAUGUCAUUUUGAUGAAGAUCAGUUUUCUUCUGAGAGUUGCAAGUCACACAAGGAUCAACCUGUUUGCAGUGGUCGAGGAGUUUGUGUUUGUGGGAAAUGUUCAUGUCACAAAAUUAAGCUUGGAAAAGUGUAUGGAAAAUACUGUGAAAAGGAUGACUUUUCUUGUCCAUAUCACCAUGGAAAUCUGUGUGCUGGGCAUGGAGAGUGUGAAGCAGGCAGAUGCCAGUGCUUCAGUGGCUGGGAAGGAGAUCGAUGCCAGUGCCCUUCAGCAGCAGCCCAGCACUGUGUCAAUUCAAAGGGCCAAGUGUGCAGUGGAAGAGGCACGUGUGUGUGUGGAAGGUGUGAGUGCACCGAUCCCAGGAGCAUCGGCCGCUUCUGUGAACACUGCCCCACCUGUUAUACAGCCUGCAAGGAAAACUGGAAUUGUAUGCAAUGCCUUCACCCUCACAAUUUGUCUCAGGCUAUACUUGAUCAGUGCAAAACCUCAUGUGCUCUCAUGGAACAACAGCAUUAUGUCGACCAAACUUCAGAAUGUUUCUCCAGCCCAAGCUACUUGAGAAUAUUUUUCAUCAUUUUCAUAGUUACAUUCUUGAUUGGGUUGCUUAAAGUCCUUAUCAUUAGACAGGUGAUACUACAAUGGAAUAGUAAUAAAAUUAAGUCCUCAUCGGAUUACAGAGUGUCAGCCUCAAAAAAGGAUAAGUUGAUUCUGCAAAGUGUUUGCACAAGAGCAGUCACCUACCGACGUGAGAAGCCUGAAGAAAUAAAAAUGGAUAUCAGCAAAUUAAAUGCUCAUGAAACUUUCAGGUGCAACUUCUAAAAAAAGAUUUUUAAACACUUAAUGGGAAACUGGAAUUUUUAAUAAUUGCUCCUAAAGAUUAUAAUUUUAAAAGUCACAGGAGGAGACAAAUUGCUCACGGUCAUGCCAGUUGCUGGUUGUACACUCGAACGAAGACUGACAAGCAUCCUCAUCAUGAUGUGACUCACAUAGCUGCUGACUUUUUCAGAGAAAAAUGUGUCUUACUACUGUUUGAGACUAGUGUCGUUGUAGCACUUUACUGUAAUAUAUAACUUAUUUAGAUCAGCAUAGAAUGUAGAUCCUCUGAAGAGCACUGAUUACACUUUACAGGUACCUGUUAUCCCUACGCUUCCCAGAGAGAACAAUGCUGUGAGAGAGUUUAGCAUUGUGUCACUACAAGGGUACAGUAAUCCCUGCACUGGACAUGUGAGGAAAAAAAUAAUCUGACAAGUAUAUUCUAAGGUUGCCAAACACUUCAACAGUUGGUGGUUGAAUAGACAAGAACAGCUAGAUGAAUAAAUGAUUCGUGUUUCACUCUUUCAAGAGGUGAACAGAUAAAACCUUAAUCUUAAAAGAUUAUUGCUUUUUAAGGUGUGUAGUUUUAUGCAUGUGUGUUUAUGGUUUGCUUAUUUUUGCAAGAUGGAUACUAAUUCCAGCAUUCUCUCCUCUUUGCCUUUAUGUUUUGUUUUCUUUUUUACAGGAUAAGUUUAUAUAUGUCACAGAUGACUGGAUUAAUUAAGUGCUAAGAUACUACUGCCAUAAAAAACUAAUAAUACAAUGUCACUUUAUCAGAAUACUAGUUUUAAAAGCUGAAUGUUAAUAGGGGACACUGUAAAGUAUCAUCAAAACCUGAAUAGCUUCAUUGUGCACAGGUGUGGAGUUUUGUAUCUUCUUACCUGGUAAACUGAAGGGAUUGCUUGGCCAUUUCAUUUAUCUUAACAUUAAUUCACAAGAUAGUUAGAAAUUCUGCCUCAAGCAAAGUACCACAUUUUGAAAGUUUUCUUAGAUUUUGAUUGCAAGUAGAUAUCAGCAUUUUUUAAAUGAAAAGCUAUAUUAUCUUCUCCCUUCAAGGCAGCCUAAGGAUGUUCUUUCCCAGAAUCACUCCAACCCUUCUUGCCAGAAUUCAUAAAAAUACAAAAUUGGAGAAUAGAUGAUAUCUUAGAAAUAAGCUUUUUUUUUUUUUUUUUUUUUUUUUUUGAGACGGAGUUUCACUCUUGUCACCCAGGCUGGAGUGCAAUGGCGCAAUUAGGGCUCACUGCAACCUCUGCCUCCCGGGUUCAAGCAGUUCUCCUGCCUCAGCAACCUGAGUAGCUGGGAUUACAGGCAUCCACCACUGUGCCGAGCUAAUUUUUGUAUUUUUAGUAGAGACGGGGUUUUGCCAUGUUGGACAGGUUGAUCUCAAACUCCUGACCUCAGGUGAUCUACCCUCCUCGGCCUCCCAGAGUGUUGGGAUUACAGGCAUGAGCCACCAUGCCAGGCUGCUAAUUCUCCUUUUUAGUGAGUUAGGGAACUGAGCCUCAGAAAACUUAAACGAUUUUCAAAAAACACUCAAGUGAUAAAGUGGCCACAUUGGAAAGUAGUUUUUAUCUUCUCAUUGCCAGGCCAGUGUUCAUUGCACAAUAUCAUGCUACCUCUUGAAUCUUUAAAAUAUUCAAUUGGCAAAUGUUUUUCAAUGUGAUUUACUCAUGUCUUAAGUGUAUGAGGAAAGUCCAAAGCAAAAUAGAAAAGAAUCAUUCAAACUGAAUUGUCCAUAAUCAGCUUCCAGUCUUUCAUGCUAAUCAGCUUCUUAAGAGACUGAAGCAUGGCAUACCUACAGGGGAAUUCCUUCGCACCAUAGCCUCUAUGAACAGUGUUCCCUGGAGUUCUCCAGUGCUCAGCUUGAGACCUUGAUACACGGGCCAUGAGCACUGUCUUCCCCAAUGGAAAUUUCUUUACACUUACCUUAUCCCUACUUAGUCUGAUUUUAUUGGCUAGCAGUCUAACAGUCCUGUGUGGAUAUACAGUUUUGCCCAUGACAACAAAGGAAUCUAUCUGAAAUAUCUUUUUUUAUAAUUAACUUCCAAGAUUUGCUAUCUUCCAGCACUUGAGUUAAAGUACUAGAUACUGCAUUUUGAUGAAGACUAACCCCAUCUCAUAUUCUACCCUAAAGAGAACUGAAAAACCUAUAAUAAGUUGUUCUGGAGCCAAUAAACACAGCAGCUCUGUUAGAUGUCCUCUACAGCCAAGCAAUUUCAAUGCUAACUUGAACUGCAUUUCCUUCCUCAAAUGAGAGAUUGACGUAAUUCAGUACUGUGAGUCACUUGUAUAAGAAACCUCUGAUCACUAAAAAUAAUGUAAAAAUUGGGUUUAGUAGCCUAAUACACAUAACAUUCUUCUUAAAAAGGAAAAUGGAUGGAUGCCUGACAACCCUCCAAAAGAAAAAAGUGUAAGAUAGCCAUUAAGAUGACAAUUUUUGAAACGAACAUUAUGAUGUUUAUGAACAAUAAACAAAUUUCCGUAUGGAAUGAAUUACCCAAAAAGAGUAUAACAAAAUGAAAUCCUUAAAAAUCAAGGGUUUAUAUUUUUUUACACCCUCACUUGUUUGCACUAACUUUAUAGUGGACCAAGGCUGUUACCAUAGGAAGGGACAAACUUCCUUGUAGGCAACUCAAUGUUAGACGAUGAUUGUGGUGACGCUUGCAAAGUCUUGUGCUUAUCUUUUUUGUUUUUACUUAAAAAGCUAAUUUUUAAAGAUUGUAGGGCUUGUAUUUUACUUGAAUAAUUGAUAUCUUCCUGUGUAAUGAUUUGUGAGAUGAGAAUUAAUAUUUGACUAGUUAGAAUUAAUUAAAUGGUAAGGGAACACAGGGUACUCUUAGUUUAAAUAAUGUAUGUAAAUAGAGUCUAUUUUCAACUAAUAUGGCUACAGGAGCCUUUUGAGAUUCGUUGAUAUUAAACACAAUUAAUGAAAUUUUAAAUUGUUAACAGAAUUGAGAACUUGAACAACACUUUUAGUACUGCAGCAUUUUUGUGCCCUAAAGUAUGUAAUGAUUUAUAAAUUUGCCAUACAUACACUACAACAUAACAUUUGCUUUGUUAUGCAUUUUAUUUCUCUGGGGACACCAUUGCACUGCAGUGCACACGUAUUUAUAAACAUUUGUUAUAUUUUUGGAAACUUGCUAAUAUUUAUUAAGUCAUAGACUUUUCUGGAGGACUUAAAAAUUCACUAAAAAUCUGGUUAUGUCUUAAAUGUUCAGUUUAUCUUUGGUUUAUUAAAAUAACAAAAAAAAAUCUAAGAUUAAACACAGUAGAUAUCUCUGGAGGCAAUUUUCCAAAACUCAACAUUAAAAUUUGUGGAUGCAUGAGAUGCAAUCCUUCAAAGAAUGAAUCUGAAACAUAUUUUUAAUAUUUACUUAAUAUCCAUUGAAGAUAUCUUUAUGCAAGACAAGAGUCAGCCAUCAGACACUGAAAUAUAUUAUGAUAGAUUAUGAAGAAUUUUCUCUGUAGAAUUAUAUUCUUCCUGGAACCUGGUAGAGUAGAUUAGACUCAAAGGCUUUUUCUUCCUUUUCUUACUCCUGUUUUUUCCACUCACUCUUCCCAAGAGAUUUCCUAAAGCUUCAAGCUUAAUAAGCCUAAUAAUGAAAAAUAACUGAAUUUAAUGGUAUAAUGAAGUUCUUCAUUUCCAGACAUCUUUAAUUGAUCUUAAAGCUCAUUUGAGUCUUUGCCCCUGAACAAAGACAGACCCAUUAAAAUCUAAGAAUUCUACAUUUUCACAACUGUUUGAGCUUCUUUUCAUUUUGAAGGAUUUGGAAUAUGUAUGUUUUCAUAAAAGUAUCAAGUGAAAUAUAGUUACAUGGGAGCUCAAUCAUGUGCAGAUUGCAUUCUGUUAUGUUGACUCAGUAUUUAAUUUACAACUAUCCUUAUUUACAUUGACCUCAAGAACUCCAUGUUGGCCAGGCGCGGUGGCUCACGCAUGUAAUCCCAGCACUUUGGGAGGCCGAGGUGGGCGGAUCACGAGGUCAGGAGAUCGAGACCACGGUGAAACCCCAUCUCUACUAAAAAUACAAAAAAUUAGCCGGGCGCAGUGGCGGGCGCCUGUAGUCCCAGCUACUCGGGAGGCUGAGGCAGGAGAAUGGCGUGAACCCGGGAGGCGGAGCUUGCAGUGAGCCGAGAUUGCACCACUGCACUCCAGCCUGGGCGACAGAGCGAGACUCCGUCUCAAAAAAAAAAAAAAAAAAAAGAACUCCAUGUUAUGCAAUGCAGACCACUGAGAUAUAGCUAACAUUCUUUCAAGUAAUUUUCCUUUUCUUUUAUAAUUCCUCUAUAGCAAAUUUUUAUGUAUAACUGAUUAUACAUAUCCAUAUUUAUAUUUCAUUGAUUCCAAGACAUCACUUUUUCAAUUUAACAUCUGUGAAAUUGUGACAUUUCUUGCAACUGUUGGCACUUCAGAUGCAGUGUUUAAAAUUAUGCUUGAAUAAAUAUUACACUAAUCCAACUUUACCUAAAUGUUUAUGCAUCUAGGCAAAUUUUGUUUUCUUAUAAAGAUUUGAGAGCCCAUUUAUGAUAAAAUAUGAAGGCAAAAUUUAAGGACAAUUGAGUCACGCACAACUCAACAUGGAGCCUAACUGAUUAUCAGCUCAGAUCCCGCAUAUCUUGAGUUUACAAAAGCUCUUUCAGGUCCCCAUUUAUACUUUACGUGAGUGCGAAUGAUUUCAGCAAACCCUAACUUAACUAACAAGAAUGGGUAGGUAUGUCUACGUUUCAUUAACAAAUUUUUAUUAUUUUUAUUCUAUUAUAUGAGAUCCUUUUAUAUUAUCAUCUCACUUUUAAACAAAAUUAACUGGAAAAAUAUUACAUGGAACUGUCAUAGUUAGGUUUUACAGCAUCUUACAUGUCUUGUAUCAAUGGCAGGAGAAAAAUAUGAUAAAACCAAUCAGUGCUGUGAAAAACAACUUUCUUCUAGAGUCCUCUUACUUUUUAUUCUUCUUUAUCAUUUGUGGGUUUUUCCCCCUUGGCUCUGAUCACUUUAACUUCAAGCUUAUGUAACGAUUGUUAUAAAACUGCAUAUUUAAAUUAUUUGAAUUAUAUGAAAUAAUUGUUCAGCUAUCUGGGCAGCUGUUAAUGUAAACCUGAGAGUAAUAACACUACUCUUUUAUCUACCUGGAAUACUUUUCUGCAUAAAAUUUAUCUUUGUAAGCUAACUCUAUUAAUCAGGUUUCUUCUAGCCUCUGCAACCUACUUCAGUUAGAAUUGUCUAACACUGCUCUAUUAAUCAGGUUUCUAGCCUCUACAACCUACUUCAGUUAAAAUUGUCUAAUACAACAAUAUUUUUAAAAAAACACUGCAAUUGUCAAGGAUGGAAAAUGUGUGAUUUGUGUAAACAAUUUUUACCAACUUUACAUUUUCCUACAGAUAAAUGUGAAAUUUUGAUAAGAAGUCUACACAAUGACAAGUAUGGUACAUAAAUUUUAUUAAGAAUAUUGAGUAUAAAGUACUUUAAUUCUAAAUUAUAAGAAAAUAUACAUUUGCACAUAUUAAUAUAGAAAUUCAUUUUGUGUAUAUUUAACAUAGCUUUUAAAGUAUUUUACAUUUAUUAGCUACUUCAUUAUGGUUUCUUGAACUUCUGAAAAAAAUUAGAAAUGUAUUAAACUUAUCAGUAACAAAAACUUAUUUUGUUUCAGCUAACGAAUACUGCGUUUGUAAAAAUAAAUUUAAUAUAGAAUAUAUUUUUAAAUUAAAUAUUUGAAUAUAAAAUAGCUCUAAGAAAGAAGCAAAUUAUCACUGAACAUAUUUCUUAUUAUUUCUGGCUUUGAAUUAUACGUAACUUAAAUUGUCUUAAAUGAUACAGAAUAUUGGAGAAUAUGAUACUUUCACAUAAUAUACUAUGAACCUGUUCAUAUAACUCUGACUACUAACUUCUGUUUUAUGUAUUUAUUAAAGAGCUGACACUGUAGUUUGUUGUGAGAUGUUUAUUUUUCUAACAGAGCUUAUAACAGUUAGGACAAGGCAUUUAAUUAAUGCAUCAUUCUGUUUAGUAGUAGGUGUUAAUCAAUAUGAAAUUCUCUGUUUUAAAAUAAAAAUGUAAAAAUCUAAGAA